AUGAAUCCACUUGGAAAUAAUCAAAUGAUUGUCCCAAAAAUUCAGAAGCAAUUGGUGAAUGCUUGUGCAGUUGAGACCACAAAUGCUAUUCUAGUUGAUCUUGGAGAUACGUGGUUCACUUUACUACUUGAUGAGGCUCAUGACUGUUCAGUGAAAGAGCAAAUGACAGUUGUUAUUAGAUAUGUGAACAAAUAUGGAGAGGUGAUUGAACAAUUUAUGGCUGUAGUUCAUGUUGCAACAACUACAGCUGCUUGUUUGAAGGAGGCAAUCGACUCUUUAUUUGCUAAGUAUGGUUUGUCAGUGGCGAGAUUGAGGGGUCAAGGAUAUGAUGGUUCUUCAAAUAUGUCUGGAGAAUUUAAUGGCUUAAAGUCACUGAUAAUGAAAGAAAAUCCGUAUGCAUUGUAUGUUCAUUGUUUUGCUCAUCAACUCCAGCUAGUGGUUGUAGCUGUUGCUCAAGCAAAUCAAUAUGUUUGUGAUUUCAUGUGGAUUGUUGGUUCGAUUGUGAACAUAUCUACAUCAUCUUGCAAAAGGGCCGACAAACUUCGACAACUUGAACAUGACAGAAAAGUUAAACUUCUUGAAAGAGGAGAGAUUAGUUCUGAGGUUCUUCAAAAUUUGAUUGAUGAUCGUGAUCGUUCUUCCAAGGGUUUAAGUAGAACUUUGGUUGAAAGAAUGGAGAUGUAUGAAUUUGUGUUUAUUCUACUAUUGAUGAAACGUAUAUUGGCAAUCACAAAUCAUUUGUCAACUGUUCUACAAGAGAAAGAUCAAAAUAUUGUGAAUGCGAUGCGUUUGAUCAAUAAUGUUAUCAAUAUUAUUCUACAAGAGAUGGAUAGUCGUUUCUCCGAAACAACUACAGAUUUGUUGAUUUAUAUGUCAUGCCUUGAUCCUAGGAACUCGUUCUCUAGAUUUGAUGUACAGAAGUUAGUGCGUCAGGCUCAUUUUUAUGAGGAUGAUUUUUCUUGGAAUGAGCGUAUGUUGGUUGAACAAGAGUUUGAAACAUAUAUUGAUGAUGUCAAAUCAGAUGAACAGUUUGAAGGCAUUUCAGAUUUGGGAGCUCUUGCAAAGAAAAUGAUUGAAACAAUGAAGAACCGUGUGUUUCCUUUGGUUUAUCGGAUGAUUGAGCUAGCCUUACUUCUUCCAGUUGCUACUGCAACCGUUGAAAGAGUGUUUUCGGCAAUGAAUAUUGUCAAAACAGAUUUGCGAAACAGGAUUGGAGAUGAAUGGAUGAAUGAUAGUUUAGUAGUCUAUAUCGAGAAAGUUGUUUUUAAUACUGUCGACAAUGAGCCAAUUUUACAGCGUUUUCAUAGCAUGGAGUCUUGA